AUGGUGAUAUCAAGGAGGGUGAUGGUGAUAUCGGGGAAGGUGAUGGUGAUAUCAAGGAGGGUGAUGGUGAUAUCAGGGAUAAUGAUGGUGAUAUCGGGAAAGGUGAUGGUGAUAUCAAGGAGGGUGAUGGUGAUAUCAGGGAAGGUGAUGGUGAUAUCAAGGAGGGUGAUGGUGAUAUCAGGGAUGAUGAUGGUGAUAUCGGUGAAGGUGAUGGUGAUAUCGGGUGAUGGUGAUAUCAAGGAGGGUGAUGGUGAUAUCGGGGUUGGGGGUGAUGGUGAUAUCAGGGAGGAGGAUGGUGAUAUCGGGGAAGGUGAUGGUGAUAUCGGGGAGAGUGAUGGUGAUAUCGGGGAGGGUGAUGGUGAAAUCAAGGAGGGUGAUGGUGAUAUCAGGGAUGAUGAUGGUGAUAUCGGUGAAGUUUCAUCACAUAUCAAUGAGGGUGAUGGUGAUAUCGGGGAGGGUGAUGGUGAUAUCAAGGAGGUUGAUGGUGAUAUCGGGGAGGGCGAAGGUGACAUCAGGGAGGAUGAUGGUGAUAUCAAGGAGGUUGAUGGUGAUAUCAGGGAUGAUGAUGGUGAUAUCAAGGAGGUUGUUGGUGAUAUCAGGGAGGAGGAUGGUGAUAUCAAGGAGGGCGAUGGUGAUAUCGGGGAGGGUGAUGUGAUAUCGGGGAAGGUGAUGGUGAUAUCACGGAGGGUGAUGGUUAUAUCAGGGAGGAGGAUGGUGAUAUCGGGAAGUGGUAUCGGGGAGGGUGAUGGUGAUAUCGGGGAGGGUGAUGGUGAUUUCAAGGAGGGUGAUGGUGAUAUCGGGGAAGGUGAUGGUGAUAUCAAGGAGGGUGAUGGUUAUAUCAAGGAGGAGGAUGGUGAUAUCGGGAAGGUGAUGGUGAUAUCAAGGAGGGUGAUGGUUAUAUCAAGGAGGAGGAUGGUGAUAUCGGGAAGGUGA